AUGCCACUAAAGUUUCCUGCCCGUGUGACCGUCGCUCUAGAGUCAGACGAGGAUGGUUACCUCUUCCUCCUUGAUGGCGAAGGGGUUACAGGUGAAGUCCUCCAUGAGAACGACGAUACGGUGGGCACUAACCCCCUCAUAGUGGCGGACCUGCAGCCUGGCGUCUACACCGUAGAGGCAACGACGUACGAGCAAGGAGUCACAGGGAAAUUCAGAUUAGAAAUCAAGGUCAUCUCCAAUGCCGGGGAGCAGUGCCUGUACGGGCGCGCUGUGCACGAUCCGGACACCAAUCAGGCACUCUUCAACGAUUGCGCUGUCUUGCUUGAGGCAAAGAAUAUCCUAGGGGCGGAGCCAUCGCUAAACUGGUCUGCCGAUGUUCCCAUGGAGGAAUGGGAGGGAGUUACACUUGGAGGUUCGCCGCAGCGAGUCACUGGACUGCAUUUCAAGGAUCGAGGUCUGAAGGGCGAACUAGCGAUGGAGCUGGACUAUCUGUGGGGGCUUGAAGAGUUAGAUCUGACCGGAAACCAACUGACGGGCGGAAUGCCUCACUUUGGCAAUCGAGGAGUCUCGAAUUUCUGA